CUCAUUCUCCUUUCUCUUUAUUCUUCUCUUCUUUGUCUCUCCCCUAAAAUAUUCUCGGAUCAAGGUCGAAACUUUUUAUUCCAAAAAAGGGAGAAAUCAAGAAAAAGUUAGAUUUUUAUCGAAGAAGGUAGAAGAUAUGGUGGAAACUAGGCGGAGCUCAGCUUCUUCUUCCAGCAACAAGCGCCUCUCUUCAUCUCCCCCCCCUUCUUCCCCCAGGAACCCUAAGCGCUCCAAGGCGGCGGCGACAGCGGCGACGGGGGCGGCGGUGCCGGAGGAAGAGUCGUCUGUGCCUGUUGAUUCACCAAAUCUUGCGGCCGACCCUGCGGCGGUGGAUCCCCAAAAAGAGGCCGGCGAUGUGGGGUCCUCGGAGAAGAAGGCAGACGGAGAACUGGCGGAGUUUCCUUCUCAAGAUCAGUAUUUAAAACAGCUGGUGUUACCGAUGAAUCGACGGAAUUUGCAGCAGAAGAGGCCGGUGAAGUCGCAGGCUGAUGUAGGAAUUCCAUGGGCCAGGCUUCUUUCACAGUCUUCUGAGAAUCCUCAUCUUCCUAUAUGUGGUCCACAAUUCACUGUUGGUUGUAGCCGAACCUGCAAUUUGCGCCUAAAGGAUCCACUUGUCAGCUCAAUUCUCUGUAAGCUGAAGCUGGAGGAGCAAGCUGGUUCAUCUGUUGCUUCUCUUGAAACUUUGGGAAGCAAAGGAGUUGUGCAAGUUAAUGGAAAGAUCAUGGAGAAGAAUACCAAUGUCAUUCUCACGGCAGGAGAUGAAGUUGUUUUUAGCUCAUCUGGGAAACAUGCCUAUAUCUUUCAGCAGCUUUCUAAUACAACCACCCAGGUUUUGCCUUCUUCACAUAGCAUUGCAGAAGCGGAGGAUUUAUCUAUGAAAGAAAUUACUUUUGAGUCCGGAUCAGGUGACCAAUCGGCUGAUGAUGAAGCAUCAUUAUUGGCAUCCUUUUCAAACCUUAGCAAAGAUGUGCCAGCUCUUCCACCUCAACCACCAAAUGGAUCAACCACUCCCGACUUGGAUUUUAGUGGGAGCAUCUAUAAAAUGCUUGAGGAUCAAAGAGAGGUUCUAAAGGACAUUGCUUCUUCAUCAACUCUGCCCUCCGCAAAAUGCCAAGCCUUUAAGGACAAUUUGAAGAAAGGGAUUCUUAAUGCUAGUGAUAUUGAAGUUUCUUUUGAAUCCUUCCCCUAUUAUGUUAGUGAGAAUACAAAGAAAGUUCUUUUAUCAUGUGCGUAUGUACAUCUGGAAUGCAAAAUGAAGUUUGCCUCAGAGAUUUCUUCUUUAUGCCAGCGUAUACUUUUAUCUGGUCCCAUAGGAUCUGAAAUAUAUCAAGAAACUCUAGCAAAAGCACUUACUAAACAGUUUGGUGCCAAAUUGUUGAUAAUAGAUUCCCUUCUCCUUCCUGGUGGCACAUCUUCGAAGGAGGUAGAAUCUUUAAAAGAAGGGGCUAAGGCAGAAAAAGCUGGCAUAUUCUCUAAGCAACGAGCUGUACUGGCUGAUACUUUACAUCUUAAAAGGCCUGUUUCUAGUGUAGAGGCUGAUAUUGCUGGGACAUCUAAUUCGCAGUCUUUACCAAAGCAGGAGGCAUCAACAGCAUCAUCAAAAGCCUAUUCAUUUAAAGAAGGUGAUAGGGUAAGGUAUGUGGGGUCAAACGUGGGUUCAUUGCAGUCAACAGGAUUUCCUCUCCAUUCCCAGAGGCACUCUCUGGCUCGGUUCAAACACGAUAAGUCCUCUGGUUGGAUGCACUACUUAAAUAGGUCAAAGGAGAGAGGUCCUGGUUAUGGCUAUCGAGGCAAAGUGCUCCUUGCAUUUGAAGAAAAUGGGUUCUCAAAGAUUGGCGUCAGAUUUGAUAAACAAAUUUCCGACGGGAAUGACCUUGGUGGAUUAUGUGAAGAAGACCAUGGUUUCUUUUGCAGCGCUGAUUUACUUCGCCCUGAUUAUCCUGGGUUUGAAGAUUCUGAAAGAUGUGCAUUUAAUGAAUUUAUAGAGGUUGUUUCUGAAGAAAGUAAAUCUGGACCUCUAAUUGUAUUUCUCAAAGACAUAGAGAAAUCUAUGGUUGGAGGUACAGAAUCAUAUUUAACACUGAAAGGAAAACUUGACUCACUGCCGGCAGGAAUUCUUGUAAUUGCUUCUCAUACUCAGACGGACAACCGUAAAGAGAAGUCACAUCCUGGUGGUCUUCUUUUCACAAAAUUUGGAAGCAAUCAGACAGCACUUCUUGAUUUUGCUUUUCCGAAUAAGUUCAACUUUAAAUUGCGCACCCCGAAGUACAAAGUUUUGAAGGGAAGAUUUGCCAAACAUAACUAUCGGGAUAAUUUCAGUAGGUUGCAUGAUAGAAGCAAAGAAAUUCCCAAGACAAUGAAACAUCUCAGCAAGCUUUUUCCAAAUAAAAUGACAAUCCAGCUACCCCAGGAUGAAGCUCAACUUGUAGAUUGGAAACAUCUUUUGGACCGCGAUGUUGAAACUCUGAAAGCCAAAGCUAACAUUUUGAGUAUUCAGUCUUUCUUAAACCGCAUUGGGCUGGAAUGUAGUGAUCUUGAAACACUAUGCAUAAAAGAUCAAACACUUACAAAUGAAACUGUUGAUAAAAUUGUUGGUUUUGCUUUGAGUUAUCAUCUUAAAAACCAAAAAUCUGAAGCACUUUCCAAGGAUACUAAGAUUGUACUCUCUGCUGAAAGCAUUAAGCAUGGAUUUGAUAUGGUCCAAAGCAUCCAGAGUGAUGCCAAGAGUUCAAAGAAAUCCCUCAAGGACGUGGUUACUGAAAAUGAGUUUGAGAAGAGGCUUUUAGUCGAUGUCAUUCCAUCUAAUGAAAUUGGAGUUACAUUUGAUGACAUUGGGGCUUUAGAAAAUGUGAAGGACACACUGAAGGAGCUGGUGAUGCUUCCACUGCAAAGACCAGAGUUAUUUUGUAGAGGACAACUGACAAAGCCUUGCAAAGGGAUAUUGCUUUUUGGUCCUCCGGGUACUGGAAAAACAAUGCUUGCUAAGGCUGUUGCAACAGAGGCAGGUGCAAACUUCAUCAACAUAUCAAUGUCGAGCAUCACUUCUAAGUGGUUUGGUGAAGGGGAAAAAUAUGUCAAAGCUGUGUUUUCAUUAGCGAGUAAAAUUGCUCCCAGUGUUAUUUUUGUAGACGAGGUUGAUAGUAUGUUAGGUAGAAGAGAAAAUCCUGGAGAACAUGAAGCCAUGCGUAAGAUGAAAAAUGAAUUUAUGGUGAACUGGGAUGGACUUCGAACAAAAGAUAAAGAACGUGUACUGGUUCUCGGAGCAACAAAUAGACCUUUUGAUCUUGACGAGGCUGUCAUAAGGAGGCUUCCCCGGAGAUUAAUGGUGAAUCUACCAGACUCAACGAAUAGAGAAAAAAUUCUUAAGGUAAUUCUGGCCAAAGAAGAAUUGGCUCCAGAUGUUGAUUUGGAAGCGAUUGCAAAUAUGACUGAUGGAUACUCAGGAAGUGACCUGAAGAAUCUUUGCGUUACUGCUGCACACUGCCCCAUUAGAGAGAUUUUGGAAAAGGAAAAGAAGGAGAGGAGCUUGGCGUUAGCAGAAGAUAGGCCACUACCUCCAUUGCGUUGCAGUGAUGACAUUCGUCCUCUCAACAUGGAUGACUUCAAAUUUGCUCAUGAGCAGGUGUGUGCAAGUGUAUCAUCUGAAUCCACAAAUAUGAACGAGCUUCAACAGUGGAAUGAUCUCUAUGGUGAAGGUGGAUCAAGAAAGAAGAAAGCACUGAGCUAUUUCAUGUAGAGGAAGUUAUCCAUUAUGAGUGUACAGCUCUUUUCCUUCUCUUUCUUUUGAACCCCAGCAAAGCUUGGGAGGAUCGUUAGUGUUGGAUAUAGAUGGUGAUGGUGGCAGCAUUUUGGGUUCUUGGUGUAUAUGAUAUCAUAUACAUGUUCAAUUAUUCGAUCUUUCUUUUUAUUUUAAAUUAAGUUUUAACUUAUCUGAGAAAAUUGCCACCGAUUGUUUUUCAUUUUAAGUGUAUUUUGUUUUAUACCUUUGUGUCUGUAAUUUGGCACUCUUACCAAGAGGCCUCACCCCCUGUUUGUACAUACACAUACCGUCCCCCCCAGAGGAGAAUCAUGUGGUUUAGUUGUUUUUCCCCCGUCCCUUGUUUGUCUAUUUUUGUUUUUUGAA